AUGGCGCCUCUGCCCAUCAAGUUUCAGGAGUUGGUCCAACUCGCCAACGUUGGAGUGGACACGCAAUCAAUCGGCUUCAACUCCUGCACACUCGAAUCCGAUUCAUAUGUGUGUAUCCGUGAGAAGAAGACCGAGUCCGCUCAGUCAGAGGUCGUUAUUGUUGAGCUCAAAAAUGGCAACAACGUGACGCGAAGGCCGAUCAAGGCCGACAGUGCCAUCAUGCACUGGAAUAGACAGAUCAUCGCCUUGAGGGCCCAAUCACGGACGUUGCAGAUUUUUGACUUGGAGCAAAAGAAAAAAUUAAAGUCAUGCACCAUGAACGAGGAUGUGCAGUUUUGGAAGUGGAUCAGCGAGUCUACUCUGGGUCUCGUCACGACCACCAGUGUUUACCAUUGGGACGUCUACGACGCCGCACAAGAUGCGCCUUCCAAGGUCUUUGAGCGAAACGCCAACCUUAAUGGCUGCCAAAUCAUCAAUUACCGUGCUAACGAGGACGGCAAAUGGAUGGUGGUGGUCGGUAUUUCAUCCCAGCAGGGCCGUGUUGUCGGUGCCAUGCAGCUGUACUCCAAGGAUCGUGGCAUCAGCCAGGCCAUUGAGGGUCAUGCCGCAUCAUUCGGGUCACUACGCCUUGAAGGCGCUCCUCAAGACACAAAGCUCUUCAGUUUCGCCGUUCGGACCGCCACCGGUGCCAAGUUGCACGUUGUCGAGGUCGAUCAUGCCGAAUCCAACCCAGUCUUUCAGAAGAAGGCUGUUGAGAUCUUCUUCCCUCCCGAGGCAACCAAUGACUUCCCUGUGGCCCUGCAGAUUUCUCAGAAAUACGGUGUCAUCUUCAUGGUCACCAAGUAUGGCUUCAUACAUUUGUACGACCUUGAGACCGGUACUUUGAUCUUCAUGAACCGAAUUUCCAGCGACACAAUCUUCACUAGCUGCGCCGACGACGAGUCAUCCGGUCUUGUGGGCAUCAAUCGUAAGGGCCAGGUCCUUUUCGUCACCGUUGAUGAAACCACAGUCAUCCCUUACCUUCUCGAGAACCCCGCCAAUACUGAGAUUGCCAUCAAACUGGCCUCACGGGCUGGACUGCCUGGCGCGGACAACCUUUAUGCCAGGCAGUUCGACCAGCUGUUCAACUCUGGAAGUUACCUGGAGGCUGCCAAGAUUGCCGCCAACUCCCCACGUGGCUUCCUCCGCACCCCCGAGACGAUUGAGAAGUUCAAGCGGCUCCCCGCCCAGCCUGGCCAGAUGGCAUUCACUCUCCAGUACUUUGGUAUGCUUCUCGACAAGGGUGGCCUGAACAGACAUGAAACCCUUGAGCUCGCCCAGCCUGUUCUGCAACAGAACCGAAAACACUUACUCGAAAAGUGGCUCAAGGAAGGCAAGCUGGACUGCUCCGAACAACUCGGCGAUAUGGUUCGACCUUACGAUGUCAAUAUGGCAUUGACUGUCUACCUCAAGGCGAACGUGCCUCACAAAGUGGUCGCCGGCUUUGCAGAAACCGGCCAGUUCGACAAGAUUCUGCCUUAUACCGCUCAAACUGGCUACCAGCCCGACUACAUCCAGCUCUUGCAGCACAUCAUCCGCAGCAAUCCUGAGAAGGGCGCUGAAUUUGCUACCGCUCUGGCAAACAAUGAGCAAGGCUCGUUGGUUGACUUGGAGCGUGUUUGCGACAUCUUCCAGGGCCAGGGCAUGAUCCAACAGGCCACGGCCUUCCUUCUGGAUGCUUUGAAGGACAACAAGCCUGAGCAUGCUCGCCUCCAGACCAGACUCUUGGAGAUGAACUUGAUGAAUGCCCCCCAAGUUGCCGAGGCUAUCCUCGGCAACGAUAUGUUCACUCAUUUUGACAAGGGCCGCAUCGCCAACCUCUGCGAGCAGGCCGGUCUCCCUCAAAAGGCACUCGAGCUGUAUGAGGACCCCGAGGCUAUCAAGCGCGUCAUUGUCAACAUUCCCGGCACCACCAACUUUAAUCCCGAAUGGUUUAGCAACUUCUUUAGCAAGCUUUCUGUUGAGCAAUCGCUUGACUGUCUCGAUGCUAUGAUGAAACACAACAUUCGCCAGAAUCUUCAGUCUGUUGUCAACAUUGCAACCAAGUACUCUGAGCUUCUUGGUCCUGUUCGCCUGAUUGACUUGUUCGAGAAGUACAAGACUGCAGAGGGUCUCUUCUACUACCUUGGCAGCAUUGUCAAUCUCUCCGAGGACCCCGAUGUCCACUUCAAGUACAUCGAGGCCGCAACAAAGUCCAACCAGUUGAAUGAGGUUGAGCGAAUUUGUCGUGACAGCAAUUACUACAACCCUGAAAAGGUCAAAAACUUUUUGAAGGAAGCCAGACUGCCAGAACAGCUUCCCCUCAUCAUUGUUUGCGACCGUUUCAACUUCGUCCACGAUUUAAUUCUAUAUCUGUAUCAGAACCAGCAGUUCCAGGCCAUUGAAUCCUAUGUCCAGCGUGUUAACCCCAGCAGAACUCCCGCCGUAGUUGGUGGUCUGCUCGACGUCGAUUGUGAUGAGAAUAUUAUUAAGCAGCUACUCGGCACCGUCAAUGCUCAGCAGAUCAAUAUUGAUGAGCUAGUGUCUGAAGUAGAGUCGCGCAACCGAUUGAAGCUCCUUUUGCCCUUCCUUGAGGCUACCCUCCAGACUGGUAACCAGCAGCAGGCUGUCUAUAAUGCCCUGGCUAAGAUUUAUAUUGACUCGAACAACAACCCCGAGAAGUUCCUCAAGGAGAACGACCAAUACGAUACACUCACAGUUGGUAAAUACUGCGAGAAGCGCGACCCCAACUUGGCAUACAUUGCCUACUCCAAGGGUCAAAAUGAUCUAGAAUUGGUCAACAUCACCAACGAGAACUCCAUGUACCGUGCCCAAGCCCGCUACCUCUUGGAACGAUCAGAUAGCGAGCUGUGGAACUUUGUCCUCAGCGAGAACAACAUCCACCGUCGGUCUGUCGUUGAUCAGGUCACUGCCACUGCUGUUCCCGAGUCGACAGAUCCUGCCAAGGUGUCUGUUGCUGUCGCCUCCUUCCUUGAGAACGACCUUCCGCUUGAGCUCAUUGAGCUUCUUGAGAAGAUUGUGCUUGAACCAUCUCCCUUCAGCGACAACCAGAACCUGCAGAACCUCCUUCUGUUCACCGCUGCCAAAGCUGACAAAGGUCGUGUUAUGGACUACAUUCACAAACUUGACAGUUACAAUGCCGACGACAUUGCCGCGUCGUGUAUCGAUGUCGGUCUGUUCGAAGAAGCCUUUGAGAUUUACAAAAAGGCCGACAACAAGUCUGCUGCUGUCGAUGUUCUCGUUGAACAUGUUGUCAGCAUCGACCGAUCCCAGGCUUACGCUGAGGAAGUUGACAUUCCCGAGGUCUGGAGCAAGGUUGCCAAGGCUCAGCUUGAUGGACUCCGUGUACCCGAUGCUAUCGAGUCUUACAUCAAGGCUGACGACCCCAGAAACCAUGCUGAAGUCAUUGAAAUCGCCACCCACGCUGGCAAAAACGAGGAACUUGUCAAGUAUCUCCGCAUGGCGCGCAAGACUCUUCGAGAACCUGCCAUUGACACCGCUCUUGCUUUCUGCUAUGCUCGUCUUGAUCAGCUCUCCGAGCUUGAAGACUUCCUCCGGGCCACCAAUGUUGCCAACAUCGAGGAGUCUGGUGAUAAGGCAUACGAGGAGGGUUUGUUUGAGGCCUCCAAGAUCUUUUACAGCAGUAUCUCCAACUGGGCCAAGCUUGCGACCACUCUCGUCCACCUUGGAGACUAUCAGGCCGCUGUGGACUGCGCUCGUAAGGCUAACAACAUCAAGGUCUGGAAGCAGGUGCAUGAGGCAUGCGUUCAGAAGAAGGAAUUCCGCCUCGCCCAAAUUUGUGGUCUCAACUUGAUUGUGGAUGCUGAACAGUUACAGACUCUCGUGAAGGAGUAUGAGCGCAAUGGCUACUUCGAUGAACUCAUCAGCCUUCUUGAGCAAGGUCUUGGCCUUGAGCGUGCUCACAUGGGCAUGUUUACAGAACUUGGCAUUGCUCUGUCCAAGUACCACCCGGAACGUCUGAUGGAGCACAUCAAGAUCUUCUGGUCAAGAAUGAACAUGCCCAAGAUGAUCCGAGCGUGUGAGGAAGCCAACUUGUGGCCUGAGCUGGUUUUUUGCUACUAUCACUACGACGAGUUCGACAACGCCGCCUUGGCUGUUAUUGAGCGACCCGAGAACUCUUGGGACCACCAGCAGUUCAAGGAGAUCGUAGUCAAGGUGAACAAUCUCGAAAUCUACUACCGGGCUAUCAAGUUUUACGUAGAGCAACAUCCUUCAUUGCUGACCGACCUCCUGGCUGCCUUGACUGCUCGUAUCGACGUCAACCGCGUCGUCAAGAUAUUCCAGAAGAACGACAGUCUGCCUCUGAUCAAGCCAUUUUUGCUCAACGUCCAGUCACAGAACAAACGCACCGUCAAUGAGGCUGUGAAUGACCUACUCAUCGAGGAAGAGGACUACAAGACUCUGAGAGACUCGGUACAGAACUACGACAACUACGAUGCUGUCGAGCUGGCUGGCCGUCUUGAGAAGCACGACCUCAUCUUCUUCCGUCAGAUCGCCGCCAAUGUUUACCGCAAGAACAAGCGCUGGGAGAAGUCUAUUGCCUUGUCUAAGCAGGACAAGCUUUUCAAGGAUGCUAUCGAGACUGCUGCUAUUUCUGGCAAGGAGGAUAUUGUUAACGAUCUUUUGCGAUACUUUGUCGACAUUGGUCACCGCGAGUGCUACACAGGCAUGCUCUAUGCUUGUAAUGAACUCAUUCGACCUGAUCUUGUAUUGGAGCUGUCAUGGCGCCACGGCCUUCAUGACUUCACCAUGCCAUAUAUGAUCAACUUGUUGGCUCAACAGACUAAAGAGAUUGCGUUAUUAAAGGCUGACAAUGAGGCUCGCAAGGCCAAGGAGAAGGAACAAGAGAAGACUGAAGAUAACACGCCCAUUCUUGGCGCUGGCCGCCUCAUGAUCACCGCUGGACCUGGCGGCAACAUGGGCAGCCCUUCCCCCGCACCAUACCAGCAGCCAAACGGCUUUGCGCCGCAACCCACCGGCUACGGAUACUAG